AUGAGUCAGUUCCAAGAUGGAACGAAUCAACCCGGUCACGGCCGGGACGAUCCAUUCUGGGCCCCUGGAACCGUCAAUCUUAACGAAUUGGGCGAGUCUGGCACGGGAGUCAUUCUGCAUCCGAUCCCAACCUCUGAUCCGAAUGAUCCUCUGAAUUGGUCCGCGUGGAGGAAGGCGGUCAAUUUUACCAUCGUAUCCUUCUAUGUCCUCAUGACUUUUGUUCUGCUCGACAUCUCAUUCACAGCCUGGGGGGCAUAUCAAGAAGAGCUAGGCUUCUCCAUCGGCGAUUUGAAUGCUGCUACAGCCUUCAACUAUUCUGGCUUGGCCGUCGGGUGUUUUAUCUUCGUUCCUCUUGUACAAAAGUAUGGACGGCGCCCGUUUUAUAUUCUCAGCACCUCAAUCCAAGUCGCGGCCAGUAUCUGGGCCGCCCGGACGCAAACCAGGGCAGACCUUUGGGUCAGCAACUUAUUUGCCGGGCUUGGGGGCGCUAUUAGUGAAUCCAUUGUACAGAUUACUAUUGCCGACCUUUUCUUCAUUCACCACCACGCUGUCAUGAACGGCUGCUAUCUGUUCAUCGUCGCCACUGGGGCAUUCCUCGGCCCUGUGGCCGCAGGAUAUGUGGUUCAAAGCCAGGGUUGGAGAUGGAUAUGGUGGUGGUGUACGAUUCUGCUCGGCGUAGGCUUGGUGUUCAUCCUCCUCUUCUUCGAGGAGUCCAAGUACUUACCCGCCAUAGAGGGACGUGCUCAGCCACCAAACCCUGCCACUGUUGAUGGACAGCCCGGGCAGUACGGGCCAGAGACCACGCCACAGGAGAUGCUGUCCUCCUCUUCUCAAAAGGAUGUUGGCAAGCUAGUGGAACGGACAAAAUCAAACGUCGUCCUGGAUGCCGCAAUCCCCAUGAAGCCUAUAAGUAAACGCCUGGCGCUAUUUACCAAAUCAGACGGCUCCAUCUAUGGCGAUAUAUUACAGCCCUUCAGGCUACUGUUUACUUUUCCCGCUAUAGCCUAUACGGCUCUAACAUAUGCUGUAACCCUUGCUAUGUUUGCUAUUGUUACGUCUGUCCAGGCAACGUAUCUGCUGGAGCCGCCAUACAACUUCACCCCCUCGGGUAUUGGUCUUAUGAGCCUUGCGCCGUUUAUAGGGACAUUUCCUGGCAUUUUUGUUGGCGGAUAUCUGAACGAUAAGUCUAUUAUAUGGUUGUCUAAGAGGAAUCAUGGAGUCUACGAGCCAGAAAUGCGGCUGUGGCUGGCGUUGCCCUCGGCUAUCCUCAUGCCUUCCAGUCUUCUUAUGGUUGGAUUGGGCAUAGCAUAUGGAACUCCCUGGCCAUUGAUCGCAGUGGGUUUCGGCAUCUUGGGCUUCAAUUUGGGAGUUACGGGAAGUGUUGCGCUGUCUUAUGCCAUGGACUGUUAUCACGAUAUCAUUGGCAAUGCCAUGGUUGGCAUCGUUUUCUCACGCAACGUGCUCUCUGUAGUUGUUCUUUUCACAUUGACACCUUGGAUCAGUGGAAUGGGCCUAAGGAACAUGCACAUUUUGGUGGCGAUACUUUGUUUUGUCAUUUUGCUUAUUCCUGCCAUGUUGCUUGUAUGGGGAAAGAAAGCGAGAAUUGCUUUGGCCAAUACGUAUCUGGCGAUGGCACAGAAACAGCCUACUAGUCGCGACGUUUGA